GUUCCGCAAAUAUUUCCCACAUUUUAAAGAUGGCGGACGUAUCUUUAGAUGAUUACAUUCAGAAAAAGAACUUUACUGUUAAAAUUAGGAAUACUGGAAAUGAAAGCAGAGCAGGCAAAAGUUUUGUAAAAGGAAAAGUUAAAUUCCAAAAACAGACAAAUCGGUCUCCAAGGACAAACAGAGCAACAUUUAGGAGUCCGAAAAAUGUUAUGAUGCAAAAGCAGAGGAAUGGGCGUUUGUCUCUGCAAACUAAAAAAAACAACAUUAUGUCAUUACAAACUCGUAAAAAUAAAGGAUUACAGGAUAAAUCCAAUAUCAAACCCAUUUCUGUGUCGUUUCAAAAUAAAAAUCUUUCGGUUUUUAAUAAGACAGCUUUUGAUGCAAGAGACAAAAUAGCUGCUGCUAAACGUCCAAAUGAUGCACGUGACAAACUAGCAGCCAAAGCUAAAUUAUCUGAUGCUAGAAUGAAAAUUCAACAAAACAAAAAUAAACAGAACAAUAACCGUGAUAACAGUGGAAAAGUGAUUAUAACAGGACUUGGUAAAACAUUUAAAACAAUCAAUACUGAAGUCAAAACAAGUCCAGACUUUACUAGAACAAUCAAUUCUGGAGGCAAGACAAAUACUGGCUUUACCAGAACUAUUGGAAAUCAAGGUAAUUCUUCUGGAGGUGUACAAAUGUCUGGUAAUUCCAUGACAAUAACAAGAAACAUUUGUAAUGCUCCAUCUCAGAUAAAUACUGGUCAUGCUGGAAAUCAUAAUAAUGGAUCUACAAAUUUCAAAAUAACAAGAACACUUGGAGGUCAGGGAUCUCGACAAGGUGUCCAGAUGUCUGGUAAUGCCAUGACCAUUACAAGAAAUAUUGACAACACACAAUCUCAAAUAACCAGUGGAAGAGGUCAGGUUUUUAAAGUCCAAAAUGAGGAAUACGAAACCUUGGAAGAACCAUCAGUAGAGGAGUAUUAUGAUGAGCCUGUUGGGUACCAUUAUGGUGGUCAACCAAAAAUGCAUGCCACAGAAAAAACACUGACUGUCAAAUAUCCACAAACAUUACGUCCACAGCCUAUACCUGUAAUUACUUCUAAGCCCCCAAUCAAACCAGCACCAGUAGCAGUGAAAAGGAAAGCUCCAUCACAGGGACCACUCAAAUUUGCUAGUUCAGGUCCACUUAAGUUAGCUAGUGGACCUUUAAAGUUUGCUAAAAGUACCAUGGUAGCAGAUAUGGUUGAUGUUAUUAAGAAACCUAAGUUAAUUAAACAGGAAAUAAGAACAGCUGUAAGUGCAGACCAGGUACCAGAUUUAGCCCAAUCAUUAGGAGGAUUACAAGGAUAUAAGAUUUCCAUUACUAACCUCCAUCCUGUUGUCAGUCAAGAUGACAUUGUUGAAUUAUUUGGUGCAGUAGGAGCUAUGAAGAGAGCCAGACUUAUUAAGGAAGGUAUAGGAGAAGUUAUGUAUGUACAGAAAGAGGAUGCUACCAAAGCCAUACAGAAAUACCAUAACAGAGAGUUAGAUGGUAUUCCAAUGCAGGUAAAAUUAGCAGUUGUAAAACAAACUCCUGCCCCUAAACCAGUGAUAACUACAGCACCUACUGAUGACACACCCCCUUCAGCUAAAGCUGAACCACUCAAGUUAUUUAAGGGAACAAACAAGAAAGUCCAAGAAUCAGACAUAGAGACAGGCACCUUACACAGAGCAUUGUUUAAAACUGGGGUUACACAGCCUUCAAAACUUGUUACUUUUACUGUCAAAAUAUGAACAAAAUCAUCAUCUCAUUAUUAUUAUUCAUUUGUUUUAAUCAUAAUUCUGAAAGGGAAGAGGGUGUAUACUAUUAUUUUGGUAGGGAAUGGAGUUUGAGUAGUUUGAAAGUAUUUAAAUUAGCAGGAAAACAAUUUCAUCUGAUUUAUAAGUACUAAUUUCUGGUGUGCUUGAAUUUAUAUUUUGGUGGCACAAAAUGAAGUAUCCACGAAAAAAUACAAAAAAAAUAAAAUAAAUGAAUCUACAUUAACUUCUGUUUCUUAAGUGAUCUGUUGUCAUUUGGAGAAACCUUAAAAAUUCCCUACAUACAAUAUAUAUAAAUACAGUGAACUGAUUUUACAGUAUAAAAGAAAAACAAUACCCUAUAACUAUGUAGAGUUUGUUUUAGAUCAUUUAUUGGACUAUAAAACUUCAUGGAAAAUUGAUGUUAUUAUGAAUGUUUAGGUUUUGUUGUUUCAAAUUUGCAUGGCUAAUAUCUCGAAAACAGGCAUGGUGACCUAUAUAUUUUUUUGCUCUUUGGAUUCCUUCAUUAAUACCCUAUCCUAACUAGUCUUUUGAAAAUUUAAUAACAUUAAAACUGAAAAGCGAACUCUCUUAAAAGAAUACUAAAUUUGUUUUAGUUUUAUAUUUGAAAUUGAGGAGAAGUAGGUCAAAUAUAAAUUAAGAAUAUGACAUUAGCUAUGGUUAAGAGAUAAGUCAAUAAAAAGUAUCAUUUAUUCAUAUCCAUUGAGAUGAAAUCCAGAAAUUCAAAGAAUGAUAAAAGUAGCAACAAAGGCCAAGUCUAGAUAUAUAAUAUGUUUAUUAAUGAAUAUAAUCUACUUAUGAAGUUAACCAGAAAGAGAUUUCUGAUACACAAGUAUAUUUACCAUUGAACGUUAGGCUUAUAUAUGUGCCAUGCAUGCACCAUCUACAUCAAGUUUUCUCAUAUCAUAACAUGUGUACAAAGUCAUCACAUGUGUUUUAUUCCAUAACAUGUGUACAAAGUCAUCACAUGUGUUUUAUUUCAUAAUAUGUGUAUUGUGACAUUACAUGUGUAUGUUUUUUUAUUGUGAUCUUAUGACAAACAUGUAUGAUGAUAAAUUUGAUUUGUGAAUUUUAAAUCUCUUUACAUCAUCCAGAUCACCAACUUUGGACAUACAUUCUACAUAAUCCCCACUUCAUCAGUGUAUGUACAUCAUAAUUUCAUCUUUGUAUAGUAUCAUUCAAACACAAUUAUAAAAAGGUAAUUAUUUGUGAAACAAUCAAUUUAUUUGGUGACAGUACAAUUUGAAUUAACACCAGGGUUGCGUUCAAUAUCUUAACGGCUACAUAGGGCUACAUUGGGCUACAUAAAUAUUCAUAGCAGCUAGGCUAGCUACUCGUUCAAUAGUCAUAAAUCUACGUAGCACUAUGUAGCCACUAAGAUAUUUAACAAGUAUUAUAAUUCAGACAAUUCAGUUGUGUGAUAAAGGUUUAAUGAAAAGCUGAAAAGUUAUUAAUAAAUUUCUUAAACAUUUGUUCUGUAGAGGAAGUUUCAAUUUGACAGGAAGCAAUUUGAAUAUUAUUAUUUGGUUAUGUCAUUCAUUUAUGUAUAAGUGUAUGUAUUUACUUUUGAACAGUGCUGUGAUUAUAGCUAACCUUGCAGAUAGGCUAGGUGAGAUGUAGUUAUUAUUUCAUUGAACUUUAGAAAUGUCAUUUCACUUUCCCUAAAAACACACCUUUGAAAGAAACUUGGUAGCAGAUGAGUAUCUAUGUUUUACUUAAUUCCAGUCGAAUUAAAAUAAGACA